AUGGAGGAAAUGGAACUACCAAUACCUUGCAACAUCGAAAUUACAUCACAACGGACUUCCUAUAAUUUCAUGUGGACACCAGAAUCUUCAACAAGCACAAUAGCUAAUGUAAAUGCUCUUGUUUCAGCGAAUUCUACGACAAAAAGGGAGGAAAUUGAAGUAACCUCAUUUUCCUCUACCGAUUCAAAUCGUGGUCAAAUAGUAGCACUUGCGGUUAAAGAAGCUUGUGCCGUUGCGAGCUCAGGAAGAAAUCAUCAAGAUUGGGAUGCCGCUUGUAAACUCAUUUCACAAAAUAAAUCGCUCACAAACAAUGAAAAAAGAGCCAUUAUUACUCUCAUAUAUGGUAAAUAUGAUUUGUAA